CAUUUUAUGUUUUAGGACACGAUCAAAAUUGAACAUUUUAUUCGGCCAUUUCUUACCGUUCGCGUUUUAAUGCACCCGGGCCGUGUUGGUCUACGUUGAUCUUCCAUCCAGACGCGCCGAUCUAAAACCGUGCUGCAGCCAUGAAUCCUGAAUAUGACUACCUUUUUAAGCUUUUGCUAAUUGGAGACUCUGGGGUUGGAAAGUCGUGUCUUCUUCUGAGGUUUGCUGAUGAUUCAUAUCUAGAGAGUUACAUCAGUACCAUUGGUGUAGACUUUAAAAUCCGCACGGUGGAACAAGAUGGGAAAACCAUUAAACUCCAAAUUUGGGACACUGCUGGUCAAGAACGAUUUAGGACAAUCACUAGUAGUUACUAUCGUGGGGCCCAUGGCAUAAUUGUGGUCUAUGAUGUAACUGACAUGGAGAGUUUCAAUAAUGUGAAACAAUGGCUGAGUGAAAUUGAUCGAUAUGCAAGUGAUAAUGUAAACAAGCUUCUUGUCGGGAACAAGAGUGACCUAACAGCACAGAAGGCUGUGUCCUAUGAAGUAGCCAAGGCUUUUGCUGAUGAGAUUGGGAUUCCAUUGCUGGAGACAAGUGCAAAAAAUGCACAAAAUGUGGAGCAAGCUUUCAUGGAAAUGACUGCUUCAAUUAAGAAGAGAAUGGCAAAUCAACCUGCCUCCAGCAAUGCACGUCCCCCUACCGUCCAGAUUAGAGGCCAGCCUGUCAACAACCAAAGCUCUGGUUGCUGCUCAGGUUGAGGAAGUUGAGGAAGGAGGUUUAUACAUUCUGGAAAGUGUUGUUUGGGUGUGUAAAAACUGAAGUUUGAUUAUUCGACUUGAAAGUAGACAAUUAUGCAUGGUUGCUUCAUAUUUUUCAUUCCCGCUCUUAGUUUAAUCACCAAUUCUUUCCACAACUUUAAAGUAUAAACAGCUUCUGUACAAAAAAACUUAGGAUGGUUGCUGCUAGACUGCGUAGCUACAAGACUAUUAUUUGUUCUCAUUAUAGUCAAGGGGUGCAGGGCACUGGGGUUCCAUCCUUAUCAAGGUCAAGCAUGUAAUAAUUUCUGAACAUAUUUGCUAUUGCUUCAUCCAAUUUAGACUGUUUGCGACUCUAUAUUCUUUUUCUGUAUGUUAGUCUUAUGAUGUUCUAUUGUCAGGGUACAUGAAUUGCAUCUACCUACUUCUGGCAAGUGUUGCACGAUUUUUACGCUAAAAUCUACC